UCAUGGCGACAAAACCCCCUCGGCUCAACAUUAGAAAGAAUCUGUAUCUGUCGUGUGAGGUAAUCAGGUAUUGCUGCAGCUACAUUGAUUAGCUAUGAAUAGAUAGGUAAGAUAUGCAUAUUUGCCUACAUUUCGAGAAGUCCAAGUUCAUCGUCUCUAUACUGUGCAAAUGAACAAUUCUUCUUAAUGACUGUCUGAUCUGAAUUCAUACAACUACGGCGCAAAGAGUUUGCCAGCUGCUCUAUUCUUUAAUGGACCACAACUCUUCGCCAAUUAUUGAGCGCCUCGCCGGCGAGGAUACCAUCAUGAUGUCCUCCCGUCCACCACCUGCUUCAGAAGAGGAUCACAACAAGGAAAGCUAUACCAUUUCUCCUUUGAGUGAUGCAUUUCUCGAAAAUGGUAGUAGUACACCACCAAAAAUCAAAAUGCCCAGUCUGCUAAGACAGAAUGUCUUCAUGGUUUUUAUCACCUUAACCCAACUAGUUCAAAUGAUCCCUCUGGGAGCCGGUAUUAAUUCUAGUUUUGCUAUCGGAGCAGCAUUGGGAGCAACAGAAGCACAGUCGGUUUGGAUAGUUGCUUCGUACCCUUUAACUCAAGGAACUUUCGUUUUGAUUGGAGGUCGUCUAGGUGCAGUCUAUGGCCACAAGAACGUCUUCACCGCUGGUUGUGUUUGGUGGACUCUCUGGGCAUUGUGCGGUGGAUUUUCCGAUAGCUUGAUAUCGAUGUGUAUCAUGAGAGGAUUAUGUGGAAUAGGCGGUGGUCUGAUGAUACCAAACAUUGUGGCAUUACUAGGUAUCACUUUCCCACCUGGAAAGAAGCGAAAUUUGAGUUUUGCUUUAUUUGGCGCUAUGGCACCGGUUGGCGCUGCUGGUGGGUCUCUUGUUGGUGCGGUCAUUAUUCAACUGUCAGAUUGGAAAUGGCUUUUCUUUAUGCUUGGUCUACUUGGAUUUGUUGUUUACGGAGUUGCAAUUAUGCCAGUUGAUGCGGAUACUCCCAUUGAUCCAAAGGGCACUGUGGACUGGGUUGGCUCUUACUUGGGAGUCGCUGCUCUCAUCCUGUUUAAUUUUGUCUCGAAUCAAGCACCACUCGUUGGAUGGAACAGUCCUUACGAGAUCGCACUUCUUAUUGUGUCUGUCCUUCAUUUUGCUGGAUUCGUAUACUGGGAAAUGAAAGUCGCCAAAGAACCAAUUCUUCCAUUCAACAUAUGGAAGGCCCCCUCAUUCGGACUUUUGAUGUUGACCGUUUUCUUCUCUUUCAUGAGCCUGGGUAUCUUUUUUUGGUACAUGAAUGCAUACAUGCAAAACAUUCGUGGAGACAGUCUCAUUCUUACUGGUGUGCAGUACUUGCCACUUACUAUAGUUGGAUGUGCAACCGCUUUUCUCGCAGCUUGGCUUGUUCCUCGAGUACCGGCGCAGGUCAUCAUUGGUCUGGGAUGUUCGGCAAUGGUCAUUAUCAACGUCCUCCUCUCGACUAUUCCUGCAAAUCUCACUUACUGGGCGAUGGCAUUUCCCGCAAUGUUCAUAUCGGCUUUUACCAUUGAUCUGAUCACCACCAGCGCUCAGAUAAUCGCAUGUAACACUGUUUCAAUGAAGCAUCAAGGUGUGGCAGGUUCAUUAAUAGGUACACUCCUUGGUUAUGGGUUGAGCACUGGUUUGGGUAUCGCUGGAACCAUAGAGGUGAACACCAAUGACAAUGGGAAUAAUCUUCUCAGGGGUUACCAUAGUGCCACAUACUUGGGAGUCGGUUUAGCGAGUGCUGCCCUCAUCAUUAGCGUUAUAUUCAUACGUAUACCUAAAGAUACCCGGGAAGGCUGGGCAGAGGACGACACACAUGCCAGAGAGAGAGGUCAAUUGUAAGGGAAGAAACUGAUAGAUAAUGGCUUUUUCGAGGAUAAAUACAAAUUGUUUUUUGGCUUUUUAAUAUCUCAGUGUUCUGACAGUUGUAUUGUCUGAUUGGUGAAACAGCAGCACAGUUAGCUGAAGCUUCGACCAGGGGGUCAUCAAUCAAGAAAGUCCCUUACG